AGGGUUUGCCUUCGUUGCGCUAAUGCUACUGCGGUCAUGCUCGAUGGAGAGACUAAAAGAUAUUGCCAGCAGUGUGGCAAGUUUCAUGUUUUAUCUGAUUUUGAUGAAGGCAAACGGAGUUGUCGAAGAAAAUUAGAGCGCCACAACAAUCGACGACGAAGGAAACCUAUUGAUUCCAUUGCUGCUAUUGAAAGUGAUGGAGCAGGCGUGCAUCUUGAAGAUGUUUCUUGCGAUGGAGAUGUGGGGAAAGAGAAUAUUUUUUUCAACAACCAAACUGAUCAAAAGGAGGUGGUGCAUUUGGAUUCUGAAGAUGGGCUGGUAGCCUCCACUGUGUGUUCAGCACCCGACUUGCCGAAUAACAUGGAUAGCGGGUUAACUUUUGUGCCAAUGGGUGAAACUCAACUGGAUGGAGUAAAAGAUAAUUCCAAAUCUCUUGCUUCAUCCUACUGUGAAAAUAAAAGCACGUAUUCAUCAAUGUGUCCAACAGGCCGAAUAUCAUUCAAGCUGUAUGAUUGGAAUCCAGCAGAGUUCCCCAGGAGACUUCGGCUCCAAAUAUUUGAAUGGUUGGCCAGUAUGCCUGUUGAGUUGGAGGGAUAUAUCCGGCCUGGUUGCAUAAUUUUGACUGCAUUUGUUGCAAUGCCAAAUUUCAUGUGGAUAAAGUUACUUGAAGAUCCUGCGACACAUGUGCACAAUUUUGUAGUUGCACGUGGAAGACCUCUUUGGGGGAGUGGCAACAUGUUUGUUUAUUUAAACAACAUGAUUUUCCAUGCUGUGGAAGGAGGAAGUGUGAUGAAACUUAAGAUGGAUGUGCAGGCUCCAAGACUUCACUAUGUUCAUCCUACAUGCUUUGAGGCUGGAAAACCCAUGGAGUUUGUUGCUUGUGGAAGUCAUUUGCGACAACCAAAAUUUAGGUCUCUUGUAUCUUUCUCUGGAAAGUAUCUUGCACACGAUCACUCUUUUGUUUCUCCCCAUUGUCACAACGAAGGUGAUGCUAAGUGUAGUGACCACCAGUUAUUCAAGAUAUACAUCCCUCACACUGAAUGCAAUCUUUUUGGCCCUGCAUUUGUGGAGGUGGAGAACCAAUCAGGCUUGUCAAAUUUUAUUCCCAUACUCAUCGGGGAUAGAGAAACAUGUUCUGAAAUGAAGAUUAUACAAGAGCGGCUUGAUAUGUCCCUGCUUUUGGAAGCUACUGGUUCUUCACAGGAAUUUUGUGAAAGUUCUUCAUUGAAACAAAAAGUAUAUUCAGAACUCAUGACGGACAUAUCUUGGGUACUUAAAAAGCCUACACCAGAGCCACUGCAGCACAUUUUGAAUUCGUCACAGAUUCAAAGAUUCACUCGUUUGUUGAAAUUUUUGAUAUGCAAUGACUCAUGUGUCAUUUUAGGGAGAGUUUUAGAACAUCUUAAGAUUGUUAUGGAAAAUGUAGAAACAAAUGGAGCGGUCAAUGGCUUCAGCUAUCCUGAAUUAAGUUUUUUUGAGAAGUAUUUGGACUAUGCUAGAGACGUUCUUCGACUGAAUCUUCGUAAAACUGGAAAUCCGGUGCUGAACUUAGGAUAUCUAAAGCCCAAAGGGGACUAUGAUUCUCAAAGCGGCUCGGAGAACAAAUUGGUUUCAGUUGUUCCAAGCAUUGGACUGAAAACGGAGGCAAGAGAAAGUGGCCAUUUUCAAGCAGUUGCAGGUUCAUCAACUUCUAUUGGUAAUGUGGAAACAGUGCCGCUUUUAAACGAAAAGCUCGGUGAUAGAAUGAUGGUUCAACAGCAUUCAAGAAAGCCAUGCGGUCUUCUAUUCUCAGGGACUCUUUUUAGGCGUCAGACUACUUUAUUUGCAGUUACCUUCAUUACAGUUUGUUUCGGAAUAUGUGCAGCCUUUCUACAUUCACACAAGGUUGGCGAGUUUGCUAUUACGAUCCGCAGGUGCUUGAUCGAUAAGUUUUAGACGUGAGAAGAAUGAUCUGAACUUGAAAAAGCAGUCAACUUCUGAUCCAUUCAUUUAUUGCAGCUGAAAAUUAGUUCAAGAACUGCCAAUCUGUGGCAUCCUUCUUCGCCAGCGAGUUUGAAAUGGAUGCCUUGACAAAAGCUUGGUCUCACACACCAUUGCGUUGGGUGUGUUUUAAAGCAAAAAAGCCUCAUUUUAUUGUGAAUGCUGAUUUACCGUCCUACUUCCAGUCGUCCGGUGGGAAUUCCGUGGCGACUACAUGGAGUAAAAAGUUCGUUUUUGGUCGGACUGGAUGUGGGAUUCCUAACUUGUGUACAUUUGUAUCUCAUCUGAUGUAAGUUGAAGCAGAUGCUGGACCAGUGUGUUGUAAUAAUUUCCAGGUUUCACCGCUAACAAUGAAGUUCUCAUUUGUCGCAGGUUAGACUACUCAGCCUUUUACACUAACUUCAAUUCACCCCCUCCCCCAAAUCUUACACACAGCACAAAUGAAGAAUAAAAUGACCAAAUCUACAGAAACCUCCUUGAAUUGGAGAUUUGUUUGA